GGUUGAAACGUUCGAGUGAAUGCUUCGUGUUGUCAAAGUCGGCUGACUGUUUUCCACCGUCGUAUCAAUUCUGCUCGUUACUGCUUAAAUUAUGGCCGCACGCUCAGCCGGUGAAGACAUCCGCAAGGUCUUGUUCAAAGAGAAGCCGCAGUAUGUCAUCGGCACAGUAGCUUCUCAGAAGACUUCAGACUUACUGUCAACAAGAGCAAGCAUACAGUUCGAACAUGACGUCGAAGUCAGCGUGAGCUCACUGGAGAGAGAGCUGCACGAGCAGAGGCUCCAGAAGCUGCGAGCAAUCAGCGAGAAGCUCAAGGAGGACGCCUGGAAGUACGAGCCAAUCGAGAAACUACUUGGCAUGUAGACAUCGGUUCAUCGCUACACCCAAUGCCGCUGUGUCUGCGGCAUCCCUGCCAUUUCCACUCAUCUUAUACUAAGCACUGUAAUCUUGUCUGGCUCAGGAUUCUUGUUAACCAUCGUUCAUGGUUCCUUGCACAAUCUUCAGGUUCUCAAUGCAUGUUAACCGAUACUGCCAACAUCAUAGCUAAGGGGGGACGCUCCAUUUUAAAGCUUUUUACAGCGAAAGCUGUUAUGAGAUCAUUUCAACGGCCGUUU